AUGGUUCGUAUUGGGUUAGUUGACGGGUUCCUGCGGGCGAGCUUGAGCUUAAAUGUAUAUGCCGAUUACCGAGAAACCCGCCGGGAGUACAAGCAGGAACGGCAUGAGAACUUUGUAGGAGCUACACUGAAGCCGGGGGUCUUCGUCAAUGCGACGCCUGAGGCAGAAGAAGAGCAUGAGGCAGAUGACAGGCACGUGUUGUUGAGGGUUGGGCGCCAUACUGACGAAGUCCCCGAGCUAGAGAAAUCUCAAACUGCUCCCACCGCUGCCGUUCAUACUGCUACUGCUACUGCUACUGCUGCUUCCCUCGCCAUCAUGAAAUCACUUCAUCCAGACCCCGCCCACCCCGUCUCCCUCACCGCCGCGGCCCUCGCGGCCGCGGCCGUUUCUUCCGCCGCCAUGGUCAUCACCGGCGCCGCUGCCGCCCCCGCCCCCUCCUCCACCAGGCUGGCGAGUCGGAACAGGGCCCGCCGGGCCAGGAAGGCCUUCAAGCGCAAGGAAGACAAGGAAGACAAGGAAGACAAGGAAGACAAGGAAGACAAGGAAGACAAGGAAGACAAGGAAGACAGGGAGGAGAAGGAGGAGGUGAAGGAGGAGGAGCCCGAGAUCAAGGAAGAGGAGUAG